UGGGCCCCGCUUCUGCUCUUUCUGGAGGCCCCAUUGCUGGGAAAAGGGGCCCCUUGUGAUGCAGUGAUUUCCUGCAGACUUCCUGGCCUCGGCGGGUGCUGCUUCGUGCCCCUGCCCACCACCUCUGAGCCAGCCUUGCUCUUGUCCAGGCCAUUCCUUGGCCGGCACUGGAGGGAGCACCAUGCUGCGGCGGAAGCCAUCCAACGCCAGCGAGAAAGACCCACCACAAAAGAGGAAGUUGACUCUGCAGCGCUCCAGCAGCUUCAAGGACUUUGCAAAGUCCAAGCCCAGUUCCCCUCUGCCCAGUGAAAAGGAAUUCAGCCUGGAAGAGGAGAUCCCUGAAGGCAACCAGGCAAAUUCGCUGCCCAGCCCGGAUGACCCCAGCCAAAGCAGUACCUUGAAGUUGGGCAAGAGAUGGAGAGCUGCCAUCUCUCGUACCAUGAACAGGAAGAUGGGCAAGGCAGCCGCCAAAGCGCUGUCCGAGCAGGGCGGUCCUGAAAAUAAUAGUGCUGCAUCCUCGCCCAUCAACAGCCCUAUCGAGGGCGAAGCCCCUAUUUUUCCAGAAACCGGCAGCCCACGGACCCCAACUGAGAGUGACACAUGCAGUCCCAGACUGAUGGAGAGUACCCACAACAAGAAGGGAGACGAGCCCAGUGAGCCACCAUACAGCGGCCCCUUUUGCGGAAGAGCCAGAGUCCAUACAGACUUCGUUCCCAGCCCAUAUGACAAAGACUCCCUGAAGCUGCAGAAAGGGGACACGAUCCAGAUCAUUGCAAAGCCCCCCGUGGGCACCUGGACUGGCCUUCUGAACAACAAAGUGGGCUCCUUCAAGUUCAUCUACGUGGACGUCAUCCCAGAAGAGCUGGCACCAGUGACAAAGAGCUGUCCGCGCAGCACCAGGAGCAAAAGGCCCAAGCCCAAAACCCUGCACGAACUGCUGGAGCGCAUGAAUCUCGAGGAACACACCUCCACCUUGCUGCUAAACGGCUAUCAGACUCUGGAGGACUUCAAGGAGCUGCAAGAGACGCACCUGAACGAGCUGAACAUCACUGACCCACAGCACCGGGUCAAGCUGCUUACGGCAGCAGACCUACUGCUGGAUUAUGACACCUGCAGUGAGGCCGAAGAUGACGGAGGACGUGUGGAGGCCCAGCUUGCCCAAGAUGAAUCGAAAGAGGACAUUCCGCGGGAUUCUGGCUGCUUUGAAGGGUCAGAGACAUUGGACAAUGGGCGGGAGGACUCUAAACUGGAGGAAGGGCUACAUUCUCUGUCUCUGGCUGACUCCUGCUGAGAUAAGCCUCCCUUUCUUGCAUCCUAGCCACUGCAAGCUGUUGUUCAGGCAUGUCUGCCUCUCAACCAGAAGGUAC